AUGGAAGACAACGGUAAAAUCGAUCCAUCUUCUCCGUAUUACCUUGCCUCUGGAGACAGGCCUGGAAAUUUAAUCACCCAUGUUCUGUUACGAGGGGAUAACUAUUUGGCGUGGUCGAUGAUGACAUCCUUGAAAUCAUGCCGCAAAUUCGUGUUUGUUGAUGGUACUAUCAAUAAACCAACAGAGAAGAAAAAGUUCCUUGAUUGGGACACCGUUAACUCCAUGAUUGUCUCAUGGAUUAUGAAAAGUAUGGAACCGAAAAUCGCGGCUGCGAUUCCCUACUACCAAGAGGCCAAACCUCUUUGGGAUUUCUUGGCAAAGAAGUUCACUGUUGCCAACGGACCUAGGUUACAGCAACUUCGUGCCGAAAUUAUUGAUUGCAAACAAACUAAGGGCAUGACUAUGGAGGAUUAUUAUACAAAAUUGAUGGGAUUAUAUGAUGAUUUUGUGCAAUUCAAACCCCUGCACUCUUGUGAAUGUGGUGGGUGUGCUUGUGGUUUGACUGUGAAGCUUGCCGGCGAUCGUGACGAGGAGAAAUUCCAUCAGUUCUUGAUUGGUGUGGAUGACGAGUUAUAUGGUGCUGUCCGUACUAGCCUCAUAUCUCGUGUUCCUUUACCUUCCCUGGAUGAGGCUUAUUUAGCCUUCACUCAAGAAGAGCACUCACAAGUUAUCGCACGUGGGAAGGCAGAGAAGGAAACAAUACAGACCCAAGCUAUCUUUGCAUUACAAGCUAGUCAUCCAAGGACUAAAUUUGAGAAGGAUAAAUCCAAGCUAUCUUGUAAUCACUGCAAACAAGGGGGUCAUGAUACUAGUACAUGUUUUAAGCUUCAUGGAAUACCGGAGUGGUAUGAGGAGUUGCGGAGUCGCCGUGCAAAGAGUGGGGCUGGUCAAGGUGCUCGUAGUCGUGGCACACAAACACGGGCUAAUGUUGUGUAUGCCCCUGCUAGCAGUGAGGAAAGUGGUGAUGCAACCACUUCGUUGGAACUCAAUCCUAAGCAAACUAAGGUGCUUUUGAACAUGAUUAAUAAUCCACAUUUGGAUCAAAUGACCGGUGAGUUUUCGGCCCUUUCAUGGAUUAUAGACACCGGUGCAUCCUAUCAUGUCACAGGAGAUGAAUAUUGUUUGAUAAACCCAAAGCCUAUCCAUGAUGUCCUGUUGGACGAACAUUCGGGGAGCCUGAAUGGAGCCGGUGAACAAAAGGAAGGACUCUAUUAUUCCAGACGGAUUCCUACAGUGUGUGCGGUGGCCGUUGGUGAUUUUUCUACAUUUGAGCUAUGGCAUCGUCGUUUGGGGCAUCCGUCAGACCGAGUUCUCAAGUUAGUUCCCGUGGUUAAAAAUAGUCUCUCAAAUGCUCGAAAGAAAUUAAAUAAAGCUUGUGGCGUCUGCCCUCAAGCCAAACAACAUCGUGAUAGUUUUCCUGUUAGUGAUAGCAAGGCUAGUAGAAUUUUUGAGCUAAUACAUUGUGAUUUAUGGGGGCGAAAUAGCAUUCCCUCUUCUAGUGGUGCCCAUUAUUUUUUGACAUUGGUUGAUGAUUUUUCUAGAGCAGUGUGGGUGUAUUUAUUGCAUUAA